CGGGAAAAGGCUCGGGCCGGAGCCCGGCGCCCAAACCCGCGGCCCGGCGCCCUGACCUCCAGCUCCGGUUCGCCGCCUCCGCCCAUGCCGACGCCGGCUGCCGCGGUGCGCCCUCGCCCGCGGGCAGGCUGAGCGCGGCCGCUGGUGGCGCCAGGGUGGGCCCGGCCCGGCGCUGCCCUCGACAGUGGCAAGUUUGGGAGUUGCACUAGUUUGCGGGGUUCGAGAGAGGCCGGGAGGACCGCCAUGGAGGAGGAACGGGGGUCGGCGCUGGCGGCCGAGUCGGCGCUGGAGAAGAACGUGGCGGAACUGACCGUCAUGGACGUGUACGACAUCGCAUCGCUCGUGGGCCACGAGUUCGAGCGGGUCAUCGACCAGCACGGUUGCGAGUCCAUCGCGCGCCUUAUGCCCAAGGUCGUGCGUGUCCUGGAGAUUCUAGAGGUGCUGGUCAGCCGCCACCACGUCGCGCCCGAGCUGGACGAGCUACGCCUGGAGCUGGACCGUCUGCGCCUUGAGAGGAUGGACCGCAUCGAGAAGGAGCGCAAGCAUCAGAAGGAGCUGGAGCUGGUGGAGGACGUGUGGCGAGGGGAGGCGCAGGACCUCCUUUCCCAGAUCGCGCAGCUGCAGGAGGAGAACAAGCAGCUCAUGACCAACCUCUCCCACAAAGAUGUCAGCUUCUCUGAGGAGGAGUUCCAGAAGCAUGAAGGCAUGUCAGAACGGGAGCGGCAGGUGAUGAAGAAGCUGAAGGAAGUGGUGGACAAGCAGCGUGACGAGAUCCGCGCCAAGGACAGGGAGCUUGGUCUGAAAAAUGAGGAUGUCGAGGCUCUGCAGCAGCAACAGACACGGCUAAUGAAGAUCAAUCAUGACCUUCGGCACCGAGUCACAGUGGUGGAGGCCCAAGGGAAGGCUUUGAUUGAACAGAAGGUGGAGCUGGAAGCAGAUCUGCAGACCAAGGAACAGGAGAUGGGCAGCCUGCGAGCAGAGCUUGGAAAGCUGCGAGAGAGGCUGCAGGGCCAGGGCGAGCUCAGCCAGAAUGGGGAGGAAGAGCCACAGACAGAGCCGAUUGGAGAAGAGUGUGUCUCAGAUGCAGAGAAGGUGGCCAUGGAGCUCAAGGACCCCAACCGCCCCCGGUUCACCCUUCAGGAGCUGCGAGAUGUACUGCACGAGAGGAACGAGCUCAAGUCCAAGGUGUUCUUGUUGCAGGAAGAGCUGGCCUACUAUAAGAGUGAAGAAAUGGAAGAGGAAAAUCGGAUACCCCAGCCUCCACCCAUUGCACACCCAAGAACAAUCCCCCAGCCGGAGUCUGGCAUCAAGCGACUUAAAGAAGGUCCUUUAAAUGACGGGUUUAGCUUCUUCUCCCGAGAUAAGAAGCGCCUGGUCAGCACACAGAGAAACAUGCACAUCCAGGAAUCCUUUGGACAGUGGGCCAACACCCACCGGGAUGACGGCUACACAGAGCAAGGACAGGAAGCCCUGCAGCACCUGUGACUUUGGCCUCCACCCUCUGCCCUGGACUGUCUACUGCCAGCACCUAGAACCGAACCUGCAGCCCAAGGGUUGCUGCCUCACGCCUCUUGGUGCACAUGCACCCUCAAAACUGAUCCCUCAGACUAUUUUGAGGAUGGAUGUUGAAAAACUGAUGCCAGACUCUAAAGAAAUGUUUAUUUAUAUGCAGGGUUAUCACCGUUUAUAACAGAUGACUCUGAUCCCUUAGGAUACGUAUUUAAUAAUCCAUGAACUGAGGCCAGACUUUUGCAUUAACUUCAGUAAAACAAGCUUCUUUAAGCCAAAUAUAUCACUUGCCACU